AUGGAUACAGCUAUUGAUCUGUCCGAUGCCUCCAAGGCAUUGGACCUCGCCAACAUCCGCUUCCAGCUCAUCCGUCUUGAAGACACAAUCACCUUCCACUUGAUUGAACGGGCGCAAUUCCCUCUCAACAAGCCCGUCUACCUACCCGGCGGGGUAAAAAUCCCUGGCACCGAGCUCAGUCUUCUCGACUACUUCCUUCGCGAACGAGAACGUCUGGAGUCCCGUGUUCGUCGGUACCAGUCUCCCGAUGAAUACCCUUUCUUCCCCGACGCGCUGGAAGAGCCCAUCCUCGCCCCGAUCCAGUACCCCAAGAUCCUGCAUGACAACGAUGUCAACGUCAAUAGCAUCCUGAAACAGCGCUACAUUGAGGAUAUCCUUCCCGCUGUGUGCGCGCAGUUCGGGCGCGAAGAUCGCGGCGAGACACAGGAGAACUACGGAUCCGCGGCGACAUGCGAUGUGCAUUGCUUGCAGGCGCUGUCGCGCAGAAUCCACUUCGGAAAGUUCGUCGCGGAGGCUAAGUUCCAGCAGGAGACCGAGCGCUUUGUUAAGCUGAUUAAGGCGAAUGAUCGGAAGGGCAUUGAUGAGGCUAUUACCAAACCUGAGGUAGAGCUGAAGGUGUUGGAGCGGUUGGCGCUCAAGGCGAAGACGUAUGGUACCGAUCCAGGUUUUCAGCCUGAGAAUGGACCUAAGAUCAAUGUUGAUGCUGUGGUGGCUAUGUACAAGGAAUAUGUCAUCCCGCUCACCAAGGUCGUCGAGGUAGACUACCUCAUGCAGCGACUCAAGGGCACGCAAUGGGAGUAAUGUAACACCACCUAGAAGCUCCCAUUCUGCCAUUAUAUACACGGAACAACAUUACACGAAACGCCGUGACGAAACUUCUAUAGAAAUAACCAAGAUGGAAUAAUAGAAACGGACAAAAGACCAAAGAACAAACCAACUUUUCGGGUGUCUAUAACAUAUAAUCAUCGUAAUCACAAGAAAAUCAAAUCUAUGGCUUAAAAUACUCCGCCAUAUCCUUAACCGCC